AACUAAUAUCGUUUUCAAUACGCAAGUGCGAAAAAACAAUAUUAUAUAUACUUUGAUCAUUGUUUCGAAUUGUUUGUCAAUCGUAAGAUGAUUGUUAAAAAUAAUGAAUUGUACAUUCAAUCGUGGCACGUAGUUUAAAAAAAUCUUAUAAAAUGAUUUCGAAACUUUUAUGUACGGAUGUACUUGCUAUUCGCUGUGUAAAUAAUUUGAUUUUCGUAGGUAUAGGAUCCACGUUACAUAUUUUCGACGGUGAUACACACAAGUUAGAAGAAAAAAUAAAUUGUCUUUAUCCGUAUAAUAUACAUGGAAUUGUUGAAGGACCCAAUAAUAAUUUGGCUGUUUUUGGCGCUAACUUUCUUUGUUUCUACAAUAUUUAUAAGAAACACGAAGCACUGACAAUCAAAGAAGGUUCUAUUAGAAAGUAUCUUAAUGAUUGGAUAAUUACUACAAACUGGUUCGUACAUAAAGAGUAUAAUUGUUUAGCUGUUUUAUUGGCUCAUAACAAUGUAUGUUUAUUAGAUACAUUCAAUGAGUGUUAUAAAGAUAUAUGGUGCGAAGAAAAAUGUAUUCUAUAUGCUGGAUCGAUUGUAGUAAAAAAUAAUCAAGACUUGAUCAUUUUUAGUGGGACAGUUUUUCAGGAAAUUUUAAUAUGGGAAGUAAAUCAUACUUCUGUUUAUACCAAAAGAUCCAUUUUACAUCGUUUGCAAGGACAUAAUGGUGUAAUUUUUUCAGUCAUAUAUGAUCCAACUUCAAAAUUAAUUUGUUCUACAUCUGAUGAUAGAACAGUCAGAUUAUGGACAGUAAACUAUGAUGAACCUAAAGAUAAAGAUGAUGUAAAUUGGAAAGAAGCAAAAAUAAAAUUAAUGCGAACAAUGUUUGGUCAUACUGCUAGAGUAUGGAGAUCUGUAAUUAAAAAUGAAACUUUAAUUACAAUAGGAGAGGAUUCUCUCAUAUGCAAUUGGUCAUUGGAUGGUAAAUUGCUUAAUAAAAUUUGUGCUCAUCAUGGAGCAGCUAUAUGGAGUAUCGAUAUAUCAGAUGACAAUAAAAAUGUUUAUACUGGAGGAGCUGAUGGUGCAGUUUAUACUUGGUCUCUCGUUGAUAAUUAUUUUCAAAGAGCUGUAUUGUUGCCUACAAAUCAUACUAGUUUACCAAAAUAUGUUUCUUAUUUAAAUAACGAUAAACUUUUGGUUUUUAACGAAGAUGGAAAUCUCUUUAUUGUCAAUAGAUUGCACAGUAAUUUGAUACAAUCAUUGUAUCUAGAACGAUAUAGUACAUAUUGUGUUAUGGAAGUUUCUUUAUGCCGAUGUUAUAUUUGUUUUGCAUCAAAAGAUGGAUAUGUAACAAUAUACAAAGAAACAGAGUCCGUAAGCGAUACGAAAUUAGAACGGAUUCUUGAAGAAAAUAUUAUGGAUUCCCAAAUAUUCUCUAUACAAUGGUUACGAAACAAUAAUGUGAUAGCUUGUGGAUUAAAUGGAAUUUUAAAGAUAUUUGGUUUUGAUAUGGAAGGAUCGAUAAUUAUGCGAUCUAUAUGUCUGUUACCACAGAGUCGGGAACGCUGGUUAACAGCAGCUAUAAUAUACGAAGAGUUGUUGGUAUGCGGAGAUAGAGCAGGAAAUAUGCAUGUAUAUGACAGAUCUGAAUUGCAUGAUCAGGCAAAUAUAGCUAACAAUGACAAUAAGCCCAUUCAAACUUUUACCAAAGUUCAUGGAAACAUUGGUAUUCAGAAUUUUAUAGUCUUAGGGUCGAAAUUAAUAUCAGCGGGCCGCGACGGAAUGUUAAAAUUGUAUGAAUUUAAAAAACACGAAAAUAAAAAACUGUUACAUACAUUACACAAAGAAAAGAUGCCAAUGGAUUGGAUUAGUGGUAGUUUAAAAACUCCUGAUGAUAUCUUCAUACUCGGCUUUAAGGAGGUGGAAUUUAUAAUAUACAGCAUGUUCCAUCGUAGAACUAUAACAAGAAUUCCGUGCGGUGGAGGCCAUAGAUCAUGGGACUGUAUGUUACUAGAUAAAUUAAUUACAUUCCUCUAUAUUCGCAAUAAACAAGUACAUGUUUCCGACUUUUCAUUAAGUUCUAUGAAAUCACCCGUUUUAUUAAAUGGCUUUCACACGAAAGAAGUAUAUUGCGUUAAUCCCAUAUUAAAAAUUGAUCACAGUAAUAUUUUUUUAUCCGGAGGAGAAGAUGGUACUCUCCGUGUUACAAGUAUUUCAAGUAAACCAAUAAAAAAUGAUUUCAGUUUUGAAACGUUAGGUAUUUUUAAUGGUCACAUUUCCAGCAUAAAAUCAAUAGCUUCCUUGAACUUGCAAUCUAAUUCCUCGUGCAAUAAACAUCUUGUUUUUUCGGGGGGUGGAAGAGCGCAAAUAAAAGUUUGGGAGAUCGAUUUAAAUGAGAGUGAGAAUGUUUUACAAGGUAUUUCCUGUCAUGACAUUACGUCUCAUAUGUUAUACGGAUCUGAUCGACUUCGCAAGAAACAGUGGCAAGAAAGUAGUCAGUCUUACAUUAUGCAACCUGAGACUCGAUACAUGGACAUUGCCAUCUAUUGUAAUAACAAAAAUAUUGGUUACAUACUACUUUUUGUUGCUUGUGCAGAUGGGUUUGUGAGAAUAUUUUUGUAUGAUAUCGACACAAGAUAUAUUUCAUUGAAAGUAAAUGCAAAAUGUGUUGAUCGUUGCAUAACAAAAAUAAGUAUUUUAACGUAUAAAGAGAGAGUAAUCGCAUUAACGAUGUCAACUGAUGGAAUCUGCCGUUUCAUUGAUUUUACCGAUACCGUGUCAAAAAUAUUGAAAGUAACGCAAAAUGAAGAUCAAGAAUUUCAAAACUGUACCAGUGCAUUUCAAGCAAAAUUGAAUUUGCAUCAAUCUGGUAUUAAUUCCUUUGAUAUAAAAAUGAUUGAAAAAGAUGAAUAUUUGCUGGCAACUGGUGGUGAUGAUAAUUUAUUUAAUCUUAUUCGUUUUAAAAUUUGUUCAUUGGCGAAUGAAAAAGAAUUAAACAUUUUGUUAUUAUCAAAGUGGAAUACUUCAACAGAGCAUUAUACUCAAAUUACAGGAAUAAAGUUUCACGACGAAAACAAAAUUGUUAGCGUUGGGCUAGAUCAGCAAAUCAUUAUAUAUGAUUACCAUUACAGCAAUAGUACUUUAUCUGUGAAAGUUUUAAAGAAAAUCUAUACACACGUAACCGAUGCAAGCGGCUUGACUUUAUGGUGUACUCCAAAGUGUGGAUCGGUUGUAUGUGCUUAUGGUAAAGGUUUUGAAAUAUUACAGUGUUAAUAAUAAAUAAAUACACACAAAAAAAUAACAGUCUUUUAUAUCUGAAUUAUAAUCAAGGUACAUGUAAUUCUUCGUCAUACCAUCAGAUGGCGAAUCAGAAAAACACGUCAAAACGACGUUGUAAUUGAUUCAGUUAUCACGAUACGUUGGUUAAAUUUUACGUAAAAGAAAAAAUAAUUUAUACC